AUGGGUCAUGAUAAAUUUAAAGUUAAGUUUGGUGAUGAUUUUACUCCAGAAACUGUAUUAUUCCCUAUUUCAUUUGGUCCUUCAUCUAUUGUUUUAUUAGAUAUUUUAAUUUCAUUAUAUAAAGAACAAUUAAGAAAUCCAAGAGCUAAAUUAGGUUUUAAAUUAUUAAUUAUAUUUAUUGAUGAUUCUUCAAUUAAUCCAUAUGAAAAUAAUGUUAAUGAAAUAUAUAAAUCAUUGGAAAUUCUAUAUGAAUUAUCAAAAUUUCAAAUUAUUUUCAAAAAAAUUGAUAUAAAUUCAUUCAUUAAUAAUAAAAAAUUAUUAAAUAAAAUUACAUUAUUUAAAGAUUUUACAAGUUUUAAAAUUCCAAAAGAUUUAAGUUCAAUAACUUCAAUAAAAGAAAUAUUAGAUGUUACUCCAAAUAGAGCUUCAAAACAUGAUUUAAUUCAAAUUAUUAAAAAGGAAUUAAUUAAAAAUUUCGCAUAUGUUAAUGAUUGUAAAACUAUAAUAUGGGGUCAUAAUAUGUCAAGAUUAGCUGAAGAAGUUAUUUCAUUAACUGUUAAAGGUCGUGGUGCAGAAAUUUUUUUAAAUUUAACAGAUGGAAUUGAAAAAUAUAAUGAAGAUUUUGAAAUUGAACAUUUACAUCCUUUACGUGAUAUUUCACAAAAUGAAAUUAAUAUAUUUAUUAAUUUACAAGAAAUUUCAAAUUUAAUCUUGAUACCGAAAGAAAAAACUGAUAAAUUAAUGGUUAAACAGAAAACUAUAAACGAAAUUGUUGGUGAUUAUUAUACAUAUGUUGAUACUGAAUAUGAUAAUAUUGUAUCAACAGUGGUUAAAACAGGUUCAAAAUUAGUUGAGCCUAUUAAGAAAUAUGACCAUAAAAAUUGUUCAAUUUGUAAAGGUAAAAUUUAUAAUGAUCCAAUGAAUUGGUUAAGAGCUAUAACUUUUAAUGAAUCUAUUGAACCUGAAAAUGAAUUGGAAUUUGAAUCAUUGAAUGAAUGGAAAGAAGCAAAUAAAGAAGAUUUAUUAGAAUUAGAAAAUAGUGAAAAAUUCCCAAUUGAUAUAUGUUAUGGUUGUUCAGUUACUUUAACUGGAACUAAAAAAAGUUCUAUCAAUUGGCCAAUUCAUGAUAAUAAAAGAAGUAAACAAGAAAUUUUAGAUGAAUUCAUAAUAAGUGAUGAGGAAGAAGAGGAGGAAGAACAAGUUUAA